GUCUUGAUCCUGGACGAGGCGACAGCCGCCAUGGAUACAGAGACGGAUCUGCUGAUCCAGGAAACGAUCAGGGAGGCGUUCGCCGACUGCACCAUGCUGACGAUCGCUCACCGCCUGCAUACGGUUCUGGGCUCCGACCGGAUUAUGGUGCUGGUGCAAGGACAGGUGGUGGAAUUUGACACCCCGUCCGGUCUCCUGUCGAACGAGAACUCUCGUUUCUACGCCAUGUUCGCUGCUGCAGAAAACAAGAUAACCGUCAAGGGCUAAAAUUUCAGGGCAACGUCACUUUAACCAGGAGGCGACCACUUCCUGCCUGUGGCAGGCGGAGCUCCUCCUCUUCCUCCUCCAUCUCCACGACCUCCUGAGAGUUCAUUGCCUCCGCCCCCCCUUUUUUAAAUUCUUAGCAUUGUGGGUCAGGAUCCAACAUUUUUCUUUCCUUUUUUAAAAGUACUGUAAGGAGAAUUCUUUAUGGCUUUUAUUACGGUAUUUAUUCCAUAUUCUUGUUACUAAUUUUUUUUUUUGUUUUUAAAUGCACUCUACAAAAAAAAAAAAUGGCUCAGGGAGCCAUAACUAUAAAUGUAUCGAGAGGCCUAUAUUGAAGCUUUAUACAUGUAGUUAUAUCUAUACAGAAUUCUGUACAUAGCCUAUAUUUACAGUGGAAAUGUAAGCCGUUUAUUUUAUAUUAAAAUGAGCGCUGCGUUUCAUACCAGUGCAUAUUCUUUUCUAGCGUUUUUGUACGGUUUUAUGGUACCGGGGGGAGUCCCGGCGUCUGCCCGACCUGCAUCGGACGCCUUUCUCGUCUCUCGCGGUCGGCCGUUCUCUCGCGCCGGAUUUUCUCCCAGGUCUCCGGAUGGGAGUGAUGCUUUGCAGUCGUGUCCUCUUUGUGUCAUUUUGUCUUUUGUCCUUGCACAGAGGGGAGGGGCGGGUGGGACACUCUCUACCCACGUGACUCGGUUGUCGGGCCCAUCGCUAGGGAGCGUGGGAGGAGCAGCGGCUUGAUUCCCCGGGCCGGGGGGGGGGGUUUCGUGUUUCCCGAAGUGGGGGUCUGGUGAUAGUAGAAUGUGCACCCUUAUCCAUUAAAGGGAACAAAAAGGACAUUCUCUGUCAGAAGAACUUCCCCAACAUUAUAAAAGGAACACCUCCUGUUUCCACCGGUCAACCUCCCCUCGCCCGGAACCAUAAAUUAACUGUAGCAAUGAGCUUCUCAAAAUAUCGGGGGGGUCCCCUGCUGCCGGAUCUCAUAGUUUUCAAAGCUGCCUCAGCUGAAUUCUUGAUCUUAGAGAUGCUUCAUACCUCAUCUGGACAAGCUCCUCCACGAUUGGCUUUUGAUCGACGUGCGUCACAAUUAACCGUCUCCGCUCACGUCCAACGGCGUUGAUACCCCUUCCCCAGCGAUUUGCCUUUUAAAAAAAGAGAGAGAGCCGGCUCCUGCCGAUCAGGGUUUGACACUGGUGUAGGAAGUUUUAUUUUUCUUACUGUAAAGAGACCUACCUCAGGUUGCUGAGUCCUGUGUGGUACGUUACCAUGGUGACUGUACGCCAUCCCUGUCGUGUGGGACCAGUAGCGCGGUCAAUCCUGUAAUAGCUGUGACUUUUAAUUGAUCAGCGUUGCAUGUUUUUUUGGUUUGGGGUUGUUGGGUUUUCUUUCCCCCCCUUCCCGUCCAGCCGGACGUUUCAUAGCCUUAGCAUGUUUGCAAACCGUUGAGAGAGAAAAAUCCGAAAAAGUGAAUAAAAACUAUUUUGGGUUUUGUAAA